AUGAAAAUGGGGAAAGUAAUCAUUUUUAGUGUUGCUCUGGUGGUCAUGUGCCUGGGUGCAACAGCACAGGUGCAUCAUGUGGUCGGAGCAGACCGUGGUUGGGAUCCGACCUCUGACCUUGUUUCAUGGUCCUCUGGCAGGGUCUUCAGGGUUGGAGAUCAAAUUUGGCUCACAUACUCAGUGGCUCAGGGAUUGGUUGCCGAGCUGAAAAGCAAAGAGGAAUAUGAGGCGUGUGAUGUGAGCAACCCCAUCAAAAUGUACACAGAGGGUUUGCAUACAAUCCCACUUGAGAGAGAAGGAAAGAGGUAUUUUGUGAGCAGCGAAUCAGAGAACUGCAAAAAUGGUCUGAAGCUACACAUUGAGGUUAUGCCCAAGGCCCAAGGCAUCACAAACACUAAGUUCUCUACCUUAUCUGAUGAGGCUGCGGCGCCCACUACUCCUUCUGCUUCAACCCGUUAUGGUCACAGCAGUGUGUUAAUGCUCACAGUUAUAUUUUGCGUCACCAUGGGCCUUGCUUAUUGA